AUGGCUGCUGAUUCAACUGUCAUCUCCAACACGGAGAAUCUCAUGAAGUACAUGUCCCUGGACCAGCGUGGUCACGUCCAGGCUGAGUACAUCUGGAUUGAUGCCGUCGGCGGUACUCGCUCCAAGACCAAGACUCUGUCUAAGCCUGUCAAGUCCGUUGACGAGCUCCCCGAGUGGAACUUCGACGGUUCCUCCACCGGCCAGGCCCCCGGCGACAACUCCGAUGUCUACCUCCGCCCCUGUGCCAUCUUCCCCGAUCCUUUCCGUCAGGGUGACAACAUCCUCGUCCUUUGCGAGACCUGGGACUCCGAUGGCAGCCCCAACAAGUUCAACUACCGUCAUGAGGCUGCCCGCCUGAUGGAGACCCACGCCAAGGAGGAGUUCUGGUUCGGUCUUGAGCAGGAGUACACUCUCCUCGGCACCGAUGGCUGGCCCUACGGCUGGCCCCGUGGUGGUUUCCCCGGCUCCCAGGGUCCCUACUACUGCGGUGUCGGUACCGGCAAGGUCUACUGCCGUGACAUCGUCGAGGCUCACUACCGUGCCUGCUUGUACGCCGGCAUCACCAUCUCCGGUAUCAACGCUGAGGUCAUGCCCUCCCAGUGGGAGUACCAGGUCGGCCCCUGCCCCGGUAUUGACAUGGGUGACCACCUCUGGAUGUCCCGCUUCAUCCUCCACCGUGUCGCCGAGGAGUUCGGUGUUCGCAUCUCCUUCGACCCCAAGCCCAUCAAGGGUGAGUGGAACGGUGCCGGUCUUCACUCCAACGUCUCCACUGCCGCUACUCGUGCUGAGGGUGGUAUGAAGGCUAUCGAGGCCGCCAUGAAGAAGCUCGAGGCUCGCCACGUUGAGCACAUUGCCGUCUACGGUGAGGGCAACGAGGAGCGUCUCACCGGUCGCCACGAGACCGGCAACAUCGAGAAGUUCUCAUAUGGUGUCGCCGACCGUGGUGGCUCCAUCCGUAUCCCCCGCCAGGUCGCUAAGGACGGCAAGGGUUACUUCGAAGAUCGCCGCCCCGCUUCGAACGCUGAUCCCUACCAGAUCACUGGUAUCAUCGUCGAGACUAUGUGUGGUGGCCUCUAA